AUGCUGCGCACCUUACGCGCAGCCGCGUCAGGCGCUCGUCCAGCGCCCGCCACGGCCGCCCAAGUGCUCUUCGCCUCUUCGUCUUCGCCUGCUGCCAGCCGUCGCGCUCGCCGCGCCCGCCGACUCGCGGCCACGGCCGAACCCGUCGCUGCAACAGACCCUCGGACGCCCCACCUCGUCGCCGACAUUGACCAAAUCUCGCGGAACGGCUUAGCGCAGCGCGUGGAGAUGCCGCUGGAGAUGCUGCGCCGCGUGGCACAAACCGUGCGGAGCCGCACGCACUCGCAGCUCGAGACGCUGCGGCCGAAACACGUGGGCGACCGCCAGAACACGCGCCAAGUGCCGCGGAACAUGAGCCACACGCCGCUGGGCUGGACGAUGGACGCGAGUGCGCAGCGCCCGCCGUUCGCCUAUGGACCGAGCGAGACGUUGGCGUACCUGUCGUUCGAGAUCGAAGCCGCCUACGCGUGUGCCCACGCGGUGUUCACAGAGCUGCAGAAGCGACGGCCAGCGUUUGCCCCAACGUCCGUGCUGGACUUUGGUGCGGGCCCGGGCACGGCCUCGUGGGUGGCCAAGAGCUUCUAUGACCGGUCCCUGGACAAGUAUUGCGUCGUGGAGCCCAGUCAGUCCAUGGUGGAUGCGGCCGAGGUCCUGCUGGAAGACUUUGCGGGUCUCAGUGUCCGUCGCAGCAUUGCCGACUUGUCGCGCGAGAUCAAUGCAGGGACCAAGUACGACCUCGUGGUCGUGAGUCACGUCUUCUCUGACAUUACCAAUGACCACGAGCGGGUGGCGAUAAUGUCGGCGCUGUGGGAACUGCUCGGCGACAAUGGAUGUCUUGUGGUCGUGGACCGUGGCAGUCCGUGGGGGUCACACCACGUGCGAUCGGCCCGUCAGUUCGUGCUUGACUUUGUGGCCAACGAAGAGAAGCACGGGGACGAAGGCGUGUGCAUUGUUGCACCGUGUCCGCACCAUUUCGAGUGUCCAGCGGCAGGAAGUACGUGGUGUCACUUUGUCCAGCGCUCUCCUGUGGUAAGUCGGCCUCGAGAGGCCACUACCAAGCGGUGGCAUGGUCAGAAGGGCUCCAAGUUCUCGUAUGUGAUCAUGCAAAAGACCAGUGGAAGUGGCAUGGAAGCUGCAGCGGCUGAACGGAUGCCGAUUGCGCGCAUGCUCCGAAGUCCUCUGCUCGCCACCCGUCACGUGCAUCUCGACUUGUGCACGCCAGAGGGAAAACUCGAGCGUCGCAGUGUCACCAAAGGCAAAGCCAUUCGCGAGGUGUAUCGUGCAUCGCGGAAGGCGCACUGGGGAGCGGUGUGGCCAGCCGACAAGACCAGUUACCUGAAGGACAAGUAA